AUGCUUCUCCCACGACGAUCGGUCAUCUUCCUCGGCGUCUGCUUCUUUUUCGUCUUGCUCCUCACAUCCCGGAGCCUCUCACGACCAUGGCGUGACGUACCCCAAGUCAUUGGCCUGGGUGACCUGGUCUCCUCGUCAUCCAACACAACAGGAACAGGAGCCUGGAACACGACCCGCGCACACACAAACCACCUUUAUGCCCCACCACCGGACUUCAUUCCCGGCACUCCCAAGCCCCCUGGCUACAAAUACUCCAAGGUGAUGGUCGUGACCCGAACCAAAGAGGAAGAUACCAGCUGGAUCGCCCAGGAAUUGCCAGAUUGGGACCAUGCCAUCUACGUCGCCGACGACCCCACAGCACCGCUUCACCCGCCCAAGAACAAGGGCCACGAGGUCAUGAUCUACCUCACCUAUAUCGUUGACCACUACGACCGGCUCCCAGACGUGGCGGUGUUCAUGCACUCGCAUCAAUUCGCCUGGCACAAUGAUAACCUCUUCGCUGGAGACGCGGCACAGCUGCUCCGCCGCCUCAAUCUGAACCGCGUCAUCCGCGAGGGUUACAUGAACACUCGCUGCGGGUUUGGCCCGGGCUGUCCAGCCUGGAUGCACCCCGGUGCGCUGGAGGAAGACGAGUCAAAGCAGGAGGAGAUCAUGCUGGCCCGCGCGUGGGGGGAGCUAUUCCCCGACCAGGAGAUCCCGUCUGUGCUGGCGCAGCCGUGCUGUGCGCAAUUCGCCCUGUCUCGUGAUCGCAUCCGUUCCAUUCCGCGGGCCCGGUUUGUUUUCUACCGCGAUUGGCUACUGUCGACUGAUCUCAGUGAUUAUAUCACUGGUCGCAUCUGGGAGUAUCUGUGGCAGUUUAUCUUCACCGGGGAGUCUGUUCUCUGUGUUGAUGAGAGCGUGUGUCUGUGUGACGGGUACGGGUUUUGUUUUGGUGGAAGCGAGGAAUGGAAUAAUUACCGAGAAGCUGAAACGAAGAAGAACGAGAUCCAGCAGGAAUUGGAUAAUUGGAUGUGGUUGUCCGAAUUGGGAUUCGAUCCUCCUGUUGGACCAGACGGGGUACCUGAACCAGAUGACCCUGAGGGUGAGAAGGGCAAUGACCUUGCGAAUCAACUCCAGGAGAAGCAGCAGGAGGUCUUUGACACUUUGCUUGCUGCUAUUGAGCGUGGCAAGAAUCCUCAGUACCGUGCCCAGGAGGCAGGUCGUCCGUGGAAGGAGGGUGAUGGGUUCUAA